UAUGGUGGGUAAAAAAAUAAAAAAAAAACGUGAAGAAAAUGAGAUGUAGGAAUUGGAAAGGUAGUGGUAAAGUAUCCUACCAAGAUAUCACCAGCCUAGAGUCCCACUUUGAUAAGGGAGAGCUGUUCACAUUUAUAUCAUCUACUGGUGAUUUCGAUGUGAUUGCUGAUACUGAGUUCCUUAGGGAAGAUGAAAAGAAGGACGAAAGAGUUGGUCGUAUUGUUGAAUUGAUCAAUGCGAAACAAGACUGGACGCAUUUCGAUUGGGAAGUUGAGUCUUUGCCUGCACACAUGGACCUUUCUGAUUCAGAACAAGAUGAACCGGCUGAUGUUGCAGAAGAACCGUCAGCUGUUGCAGAGGAACCGACUGUAGUUGCAGGGGAACCGGCUGUUACUGCGAAAAGAGGCAAGCGCAAGCUAAUUGAUCCUGGUGCCGAGUCUCGAAAGAAGCAACUGCUUUGUCAACGUGCGGCUGAACACAACAGUGGGGUCUCUAGUGAAAUGAAGACCUUCAUAGAAGGUUUGUUCACCGCUUAUUUCAACUCUUUUAAGGAAGUGGUGCAGAAGGACAUACAUGAGCGUUUUGACAACGUUGCCAAUGAGGUGGCUCAACUCAAGGAACAAGUCUCUCAGCUUAAGGGUCUAUCGGAAACAGUGGGAAAAGGCAACACAUCUGAGAUUCUCUCUCCUUCAGCAACAAUUGGAAAAGACCAAGGACCAUCAUCUCAUAGUACGGGUCCUCCCGCAGCAAAGGGAAAAGGCAAGGCAUCUGCAAAUGUGGAUCUUCCUCCGGUUUGUCGUAGCCCUCGGCCAGUAAGAGAGGUAACCAAAAAAUGAAGCUCUGUGUAUUUUGCUAUGUCGACUCUUUUGAUGUAAUGUCCUUGUAUUGUAAUAUGUAAUAUAUCGGCUUGUAUGAACUAAUGAUGAUGACUUGUGGGAUUGACUAUUUUGUAAUGUACUUUUCUAUAUUUUGCUAUGGACUGUCUUUUUAGUAUUAAUGUUAUGCUUGUUUUUAUUAACAGGAUGUUCAAACUGAUGAAAAUGAAAUGAUGGAUUUUUUGAAGAAUUUGACCAAAUCAGCGAAAUGUGUAGAUAAGGGGACCCAAGACUCUCUACAAGAAGCCAUGGGAAACCUUUCUCAAGCAUCUCAUGUUAAAGGUUUUGAUCCUUCACAACAUCUGGAUGGUGAUGAACCAGCUGACUUUUCCACUCCACUGUCUUCGUUUAAGCCUGCGGAUUGGAGACCACCUACUCUGAAAGACGUGGACUCACUUGAGGACAGGAUACAUGAUCCCGAUUACUCACUAGUGUUUGUCUUUGAGGCAUUAUGGGGCAAACUUGUUGACUGGACCAAAACUUUCAAGUAAGUUGAUAUUUUUAAAUUUUUUUUUACAAUUCUACCAUUUUGAUACUGAAUUUUGUAAUGCAGAGAACUAAAAAUUGGACCAUCUAUGCUCACAAAUGAGUUAGUAUCUCGUGUCGUCGGACCUUCAGAGUGGCUCCUGAAUAAGGUCAGUUAUUACCUUGUUCCUUUUUAUUUUGUGUACACAAACUUACAGUCUUUUAUCAAAUUAUGCAGGAAAUUGAUGGUAUGAUGUGGUUAUUCACUGAGAGGACUUCCUUGCGGUGAUGGUUUCCAAAUAAAGUAGCCUUCAUGACAUGCUUGUUCAGUAAUCAAAUUACGAACUCUUACAACGAGUAUAAGAAGGACAAGAAGAAAUUCAAAGUGGGCGGACUGCUACAACAGUACGGCAUUGGCGAACUUCCAGCACACGGACGAACAAGACUAAUGUGGGAUCUUGAUGUUAACCGCAUGUAUGUCCCCCUAAAUGUUGGUAAGCACUGGAUCUCUAUGUGCGUCAACUUUGUUACUCGGUCGAUAGAGGUCUUUGACUGUGAGGGACUGAGACACCCCGGUGCAGUGGAGCCAUUUGCAGUUCUCAUCCCUAGAAUUGUCAAAGCCAUUCAGUCUUCUAAGAGUCGACAGUAUCAAGUCAAGCAGUAUACGGUCUCCUACGUCUCAAUGCCCUUCUUAUUGAACAAAAGUAGCAGUGACUGUGGAGUAUAUGCCUUGAAGCACAUUGAAUGCCAUCUUCUAGGCUUGGACUUUUCCCUGGUGAAUGACAACAACAUUCGUGAAGCGCGGCAGAAGAUUGCUUAUGACCUAUGGGAAGCUGCUAUUGAUCCUGUCCUUAUUGAAAGGAUGGCAAAAUUCACUCCCCCGAAGACAAUUUCAAGUGCUCUAGUGGAACUUGAAUGAAAUUCUUUCUGUUAUGACUUGUGUAGGAAGUAUAUUGUUAUUUGGUGAUUUUAUUUGACUCUUUUAGUUACCAUUUUACUCCUUUAGUUACUACCUUAUUUCACUGUUUUAUUUGACUCUUGAAGUUGCUUUCUCUUUACUUUUUAGGUGACAAUAUGAAACCCUAUCUAUACCCUAAAUGAUUGUUAUGCGAUGUCCUAAUUCUUAUCAAAACAUAACCGAAAUCUAAACCAAUCUAUAUCCUAAAUGGCAUUAAAGUAGGACAAACUAUAUUAAACCUUAUACCUUAAAUGACACUAAAGAAGACAAACGAUUUCAAACCCUAUACCCUAAAUGACACUAAAAUACCACAAUCUAUUUGGUGCCAAAACAAAUCUUUAUAAUGAAAACACAUACAAGUUACCAUAUGUGCCGAUCCGAUUAGAAACAUUGUAAACCCUAAUUAUAUUGCUUAUAUAAGAUCAUAAAGCGGCCACAAACACUACAUCUUGCGGUGUUUUUUUUCUCCUUCUUGUUCUUAAAAAAUCUCUCUUCAAAAGAGAAUGACGAACACAAAAUACCAUGGAGCGAUCCCUUCCAGAUGCUGGUGUGGAAAGAAGAUUGUCACUUAUGUUUCAAAAACGGAAGAGAACCCAUACAGACGAUUCUUCAGAUGUGAGAUUGGUUUACAGGUAAAUCUGAUAAUUCACUACUUCAUAUUAUUCUAUAUGUCAAUUGAUUUGUUUUGUGUUUUGAAACAGAGAAAAAAAGAAAAUCAUCUUUUUAAGUGGGUAGACGAGGCUCUGCUUGAUGAGAUUGAAAGGAUGUCUGAGCAUCAGGCAAGAGUUGCUGAGGAAAUUGAAGAUCUGAGAAUUUCCAUGAAGAAGACAGUGCAGGAAGAAGUUAUGAACCAUAAGCAUUCGCUUGAUGUAGGUUGCGUAGGAACCCUUUUCAGUUUGUUAUGUCUUUGGUCCAAAUCUGAUUGAUAUUGUAAUGGUUCUCUGAUUCAAGUUACAUUUUCAAAUAUUGAACCAAUCUGAUUUCCAGUUUUAUUGUCGUGUUAUGAACAACGUUAUCAAACAAACCUAAUUUUCAUAGUCUCUGAAACAUAGUAUCCUAAAAAACGUGAAACAUAACUUGCAUAAAUCAAGAUGAACAAAGCUGAAACAUAACUUUGAUAGUCUUUGAAACAUAACUUGCAUAAAUCAAGAUGAAUAAAGCUUGCGUAAACAGAACUUGCAUAAAGUCUGAAACAUAGUAACCCAAAAAAAACUGGAAACAUAACUUGCAUAAAUCAACAUAAAGAAAGCUUGCAUGAAACGAACAGAGUAUCCUAUAUUGCUCGAUCACAUGUUCUCCUAUCGUGCUCUCGAAUCCCACAUCGGCUACAUUUGCGACCUUUAGAGCCUUGAUUUCCUUGUGACGAACGGAUCUUAUCUUCGGCUGUCUCGUAUCUGCGUUUCUUUCUUCUACCUGCAGCUCGUAUAGACUCUGGAGGAAGGACUUUCGUCUGCUCCACAUGAGAUGGAACAGUCCAAGCAUGUUCAGGGACACCAAUAGGAUUUAUGCUUUCUUCAUAAGCCGUGCGCCAUGACGCAGUAGUGUAUAUGUCGUAUGUGAGUGUGUGUGCUUGUAUUCCAACACUGAAGCCUGCUUUUAUGGCGUGCCUGCAUGGGAUUUUCAUCAGGUCAAACUUCCCACAAGAACACGUGCGUCUGACCAAGUCAACCAUGCAGUCAAAAGUGUCACCUUGAACCAAAAACCUGUCAUCGUUAAUCGGGAAGACCUUAAACUUUUUACCCUUCUCAAUCCUUUUGUCUAUCUUCUUCUCCACAGCAAUGGUCAGUGGCUUCGAGUGCUUAGAACUUAAAGUUCUACGUUGGAAAAACCAUCGAGUCAUCAUUUCCCUAAUGCUGUCCAUUAGAGGUAUUACUGGAAACUCUCUAGGCGUACGCAAAGCAGAAUUUAUCGACUCCGCAGGGUUAGUAGUGUUGAUAUCAUACCUGUAACCCGUGAAUUGACAACGAGCCCACUUCCUCACAUCGGCUUCUAUUAGAUAAUUUCCAAUUUCAGGACUAAUAGAGUAAAUAGCAGUGAACAGCUUACGAAAAUCAGCAGCUCGAUAAGCUUUAGAAGCCUUUGCAACCAAACCAGCCACACCUUUCCCACUAAAAUAUGUUACGACAUUAUUCAGCAAGUGGUGAAUGCAAAUUCCGUGAUGAGCUUGCGGGUACACGUUAGCAAUAGCUUUAGCAAUCGAGGAAUUCCUAUCAGACACAAAAGCUAAACUAUGCUCGUCAGCAAUGACCGCAUUAAGUUGUCUCAUAAACCAGUUCCACGCAAGGUCAUUCUCUGAGUCGACAACUCCAAAUGCAAUUGGAUAUAAAUUAGAGUUUCCAUCUAAUGCAGUAGCAACCAGUAAUACUCCUUUGUAUUUGCUCUUCAAGAACGUCCCAUCCACAACAAUAACUUUCCGAAUCGCAACAUAGAAACCGCGAAGACUCUGACCAAAGGAGAUGAAGAGGAAUCUGAAUCGCCCUUCAGAAUCCCUUUCACAAGACGUGUGUGACCCUGGAUUAGCUUCCCUCAUCAUGUGCAAGUAUUUGGGAAUUUUUUCAUAGCCUUCCUCUGGAAGGCCUUUCACUUUGUUGAUUGCAUACUCACGUGCAUCCCAUGCCAAAGAAUAGGAUAUCUCAAGUCCAUGUUCUGAACGCAUAUACUGGACUAUAUCAUUAGAUCUCGGUCCUUCUUUAGCAGUUUCAUACAUAUGCAUAACCAGAGUACCAAUUGUUUUUGCUGAAGCUGUCCGAACAGAUCCUUUUGGAUGCAGCACAUGAAUGAUGAGGUACAUACUUUUUGAUGAUAAAAUAAGAUGAACCAGGUAACCCCUCUGCACGAACACGCCAGCUGCAAUCAUCAUCUGCGCAACGAAUGUACCACAAUUUUUAUCCGACUUGACAAGCUUAUAGUCGAAAUUAUGUUUCAUUGCACAUAUUUCGAAUGCUGCCUUCAAAAGCGUUUUUGAAAUAAAAUGUUGACCCUCCUUCACAAAAUCCACCAAAGAAAAUCGCACAUCAUUUCCAUUGGUCUUCUCUUUGUCACACCAUUCAACCUCUUCUUGUGAAUCCAUAGUUUAGAUAGGAAAAAGUUAGAGAAGAAGAAA